AAAAAAAAAGCGCGUAACAAGGCGAAACAAAAGCACAGGAACGCGACGUCCUUCCACCCAGAAUGGCCGAGCUUUGCGAAUUUCCGUUCGCAUUGUCGCUCAAUUGCACACAAACCAUCGCCGAAGACCUCGGGGCGCACUACUACGCACCUCAGGGGGUACUGGGCGGCACUGCCCUGAUUUUUGCGGCAUACUCAAUCUUCCAACUCGUGUCAGUGUUGCGAUGCAAGGGCUUCUCCUUCAAGAGCCUUCAGCAUCAGGCCAUCUACCACUCGACGCUGAUGGCCCUGUGUCUUCUCGCGAGGACGACUGACUUGUAUUCGUGGUCGAAUCGCAUUCCAUUCCUGGUCCACUCGUUGCUGACCGACUAUUGCUCCGCUCUGAGCUUGUCCAUGGCAUUCUCGCUCGUUCAAUCCUGGAUUGACUACAUUCACAAGGCAACCCUGACACGGAGACGGCGCCACGGGUGGCACGUCUUGCUGGGUCUCUCACACUUUCUUGCAUGGCUGGCGUUUCCUGCGCUCGGCGUCUUGGCAUGCGUGCUGGGCCCGUACCCGAGCUUUUUCAUUGCAAAGGCCGCAGGCACCGUGGCACUCGUUCUGGUGUGGGCGGUGCUUGGUAUGCUGUACGGCACCAUGGUGCUGUAUCUGCUGCGGGAAUCAGAAGCGCGGUAUGCAGAGGCAGUGGCCUCCGCAGCUCAGCGAUCUACAAUGAAGCGAUCGACCAGCACUGAGAAUAUCUGGCGAACGACGCUGCGAACGUUUAGCUCCAAGUCGUUGAAUCGGCACCGCAUCGACACUGGCGACAGCACCAGCUCGGCGGCAAGCGAGUCACCUUCGGCUGGCAGCAACGACACUGCUGCUGCUGCGGAGGGGCGCCCACUGUCUCAAACUCCGUCGACCACGGGUCUCAUGCUGUCAGAGCCCGGCACACCAAUGCAACCCACGGCCUUCUUUCAAUCCGGGUCUGAAUCCGCAGGCUUGUUGCACACCCCCUCGAUGGAUUCGAUUGGAGGGGCUUCGGCGUCGAGUGCCUCGGAGCCCGCAGCAGCAGUGCCCCGUGCCUUGGGUGCACGCGCUCGCGAGCAUGCGCGCGCGACGCGCAGCGACUCGAACACUUCCUUCAAGCUUGACACUGCUGAAGAAAUGGCCGUCGAAAGCAAAAGAAUCAAGGCCAUGCGCAAGCUCGUCAUUCGACUGUUUCUUUUGACGUGCGCCGAGCUCGUGUCCAUUGGCGGCAUCCUCUUCAGUCUGUACGCCACCUACCACACAAAUAUCGAUUAUCCUCGGCAAUCCCCGCCCACCAUCACCGCCGAAAUCGUCUUUCAGUUCCUCGUGUAUGACGCGGGCAAUUUGAUGGCCAUUCUCGUUGCCCUGUCCCUGUACCGCGUCACGAAAGAGGACUGGGUUGGCGCUCAGCCCGCGCCACCGCCGCGUCGCUACACCUUCUACCGCGUACCGAAGGCGAUGAAUCGGUUUAGCUCGUUUUUCGCAUCCGACGAGAAUGCAGGAGAUGCUGCGGUCGAGCGGAAGAACACGGCAGCCCGCCACAGCACGCGCAAGUCCGUUAUUGAGCAAGCGAAUCGUGCGGCCGCUUUGGAAGAGCAACAGCAGCAGCAGCAGCAGCAGCAGAGCGAGGCGAGCCCGGGCGAAGGGCUCGAGGUUGUGCAAAUCCGACCGACAGACGAGGCGGCAAACGAGCCGACUGGCGAUGCUGAUGCGGUCAAUUUGCAACCGAUGGUCCGGCAACCGAGCAGUAAACCAGCAAAGCACGUCUCACUUGCGUUUGACGCGAUUGCCGCUGACGAAAACCCCAAGGCCCGCGCGAGCUUCCGCGAAGCCGAUUUGGCUCCUCCUGCCCGUCCAAAGUCCAUUAUUGCGCGGAUUUCUCGGCCCUUCCAGUCCUUCCGCUCCUCUGGCAGCAAGUUUGCAGACUUACCCAGGCACACCACGAGCUUGAACGACGCUGCACGGAAACCCAACAAGGGCAAAGCGAUGGAUCGCAGCACGGAAAGCCUGACCAAGUUUGGGAUGAUUGAAUCACCGCUGACGACGACGGCUGCUCCCUCCGACAACGCGGGAGUCGGCGUUGAGGACCAUGCGCGUGAUUCCGUCCAAGGCGGACUACCAUUAGAAGCCAUCCAUUCAGCCUCAGCAUCCAGUGAAAGAUUAGAAUCCAUCCAGGAAUAAUAUUUUCUUGGUUUUCGUUGAGAACUCGUUGAGGUGCUUUUGUUUUGUUCGCGCCUCCUGUACAUGUACAGUAUGUUUGUAUUGCGCUUGGUUGAUUUUGUCGCUUAAGUUUGUUCUAUUGUUGAAUAAGAACAACACCCUGUUUGAGAUUGCCGCA